UGUUUGUUUUUAUUCCGGCAUGUCGCGCGAUUGCAUAUUCUUGGUCGUUGGCGGCGGCAUUGCCGGCGUUAGCUGUGCCGAAACACUGGCCAUUUGCUGCCCUUUGUCCUCAAUUUUGAUGCUCACCGAAUCCAGCAUUGUGAAGAGUGUGACCAAUCUUGUGCCCGUCGCCCGUUAUCUGCACCGCUUCGAUGUGCGGGAGAAGGAUGUGAACGAAUUGGGCGCCAGCAUAAACACAAUUGUGGACCAACUGGAGUACGUCAACAGCCGGGAGCACUGGGCACGCACGAAGAAGGGUUUAAUCCUAAAGUAUCGCUACAUCUGCGUCUGCACCGGCGGAGCACCAAAGUUGUUCAGCAACGGCCAGGCUGAGUCACGCAUAAUUGGCAUUCGCGAUACGGACUCCGUGCUAGAACUGCAGCGGCGACUGCUCACAGCCAAGGAUGUCUUGAUUUUAGGCAAUGGCGGCAUCGCCAGUGAGCUUGCCUAUGAGCUAAAGGAUAUAAAUGUCCACUGGGUGGUGAAAGACUCCCACAUAUCCGCAACUUUUGUGGAUCCAGGCGCUGCCGAGUUCUUUCAGCUGGCCAGAAGCGAGCUGGAUGUGCCAACAGUCGCGGUGACUGCCAUUAAACGGAUGCGCUAUGGCGAGGUCACGCCCCCAGAGGAGAAGCAGAGCAAACAGGGCGCCGCCUUGGGCCCAGACUGGCACAGCAACUUCGAUUUGAGUGGCUGUUCCACACAUGCCGGCAAACUCCUGCCUAAAAUUUACUACAAAUCGCAUAUAGUGGAUUACCACGUACUACCAGAGCAGGGACGUCUUAGUAUAAAGCUUGGACAUGAGAAUGGUGACCAGGAGCAGCUGACUUGUGAUUUUAUUGUGUCUGCAACAGGUGUCGAGCCACGGCAUGAGUUUUCCACAGAUUUCCCGCCAAACUUCGCAGACGAUGGCGGACUUUCUGUGGAUGAAAUGAUGAGAACCAAUUUGCCAGAUGUCUAUGCGGCUGGGGAUGUUUGCUCCGCUGCGUGGGAGCCUGCUCCACACUGGUUUCAAAUGCGCCUGUGGACACAGGCCCGGCAAAUGGGAUCCAUGGCGGGACGCAGCAUGGCCGCAGCCUGCGAGGGAGAGACCGUUUAUCAGGACUUUUGUUUUGAGCUCUUCGGCCAUGUGACGCAGCUGUUUGGCUUCCCUGUUGUGCUCCUCGGACGCUUCAAUGGUCAGGGUCUGGAGCGUGACUAUGAGCUGCUGGUGCGCUGCACCCGCAACAAGGAAUACAUUAAGUUUGUGCUGCAAAAUGGCAGACUACGCGGUGCGAUACUGAUUGGCGACACUGAUCUAGCGGAGACAUGCGAGAAUCUUAUACUAAAUGGCAUCGAUCUGGAGCCGUAUGGCGAUGAUAUACUCAAUCCAGACAUUGACAUUGAGGACUAUUUUGAUUAAUUUAUUGCUACAGUAUUAAAGAACACAUUCAUCUUAAA